GCAUUACUGCAUUCCAAAUGCUGAAACUCCGACCAGUUUUCACCAAGUUUCUGAGUACGAGCGAGGUGCAGUUUAUUAAAACCGUUAAAAUGACCCGGGGUUCGGUGUCGUCGCCUUCACGACAAAAGACACUAAUCCACAGUGUGCUCAAGCAGUCCGUAACGGUUGUGGUUUUACUUUGAAAUCCAUGCCGGAAGUAUUGAUUGGAGUGGGGGUGUUGCCCCGCCUCCAGUCCGCUUCACUGACUCACUCAGCGGGCAACAAAGAAGAGAAAGGCAACCACUUGGGGGGCUAUGGAGACUGCCACUUAUUUCACCUUUUUAUAUUUUUAUUAUUCAUUUCCGUCGGUAGUUACAUAGACAGACCUUGGACUUUAUUAUUAUUUUUAAUAAAUACAGUCUACAUAUGAUGUAGCAGUUUCGUGCCGACACAGCAGCCGAUCUACUGACGAGUAAUGUUUGCUUGUGUCCGAACAAUCCAGGUGUGGAUGAGGUGUUCAGGUGGACAUUUUCUCUCAGAGCCUGGCCUCUGAUUGGAAGCACAUUGCCGGAGAAGACGCCAUCCAGCCAGCAUGUCUGCCCAGGAAGCAGCUCAACCGUCCGCAGUAGCCCAGUUAGCCGAAGUCAAACGCAAACCGGAGCUCCCGCCGAAACCGACGGAGCGAAUGUCCUCCCUCCCUUCGGAGGGCGACGACAGGGCCACGAGCCCCUCCAGCGUAAACGUCAAAAGGAUCGUGAACAAUUUCAGCCAACACAGGAUUGCGCUGGCCAACGCAAAUAAGACAAGGGAAACGAGAAGACAGCCGGUGUUAAAACCCAAGCUCCAGCCGCCUCCGCUGCCCAUGAAGAGGACCCGCCCCCCGCAGGCCAAGAGCACGGACUCAGAGGACGGCGACAGCAUCUGUGCCGAAGGAGGUCGAUCAGACCCCGAUGGGAAAGAGGUGGAGACCCGGUCCGUCAGCCGAGAACCAGAGGACGAGGAUCAUCCGGAUGGGGCUCCCGGCUCCUGCUGCGACCCGAGCUGCUGCUGCGUGUGCCACCUCCGGCGACCCGGCAUGAAGCUGGUGUGGGUGCCGCUGCAAGGGGAGGACGGCAGCGAGGGCGGAGACGGCGCCGAGGUCUUUGAGGAAGAAGGCCCCGACUUGGCCUGUUCGGAGGACGGCGAGACGGCCGACAGGCGUGUGGAGGUAGAAGAUGAGGUACACGAGGGGAGCAGCAAGGUGGAUGACGAGGGGGUCACGCGCUACUAUGCUAAUGAGGAGGCGAAGCUCGAAAAGGCAAAGUUCCAUUCGGAUAUUAUUUUUGCCGAGAGUCAAAGACUCUCGGAUCCCGGACCUCAUGUUCUUGUGUCUCGCCCUCAGGUCUCCCCUCUCCCCCCCAAAGAGAAUACACUUGUGCCGGUUAUCCACAAAUCUACCGAGGAAGAAGAAGAUAUUUAUGAGUCCAUAAUCCCCACGGUUGAUCCCAAUCACAAUAAGAAAGCUGCUCAGGAGGCGGACAUUCCUCAGGUCAGGGUGCCCACGCCGGCUCGCCGGGUUAAGCCUCCAGAGAGCCAGUGGGAUGCCGGUUCAGAGUCCGCGGUUGAUGAGGCGCCGCCCGCCAUCCCGCCCCGCAUGCCCAUGACUCAGGACACUCGCAGCCUCGCGGCGGAGGCCAGCCCCCUUUUGCCUAGCAGAUCCCCGAGGGCAAAGACGGAUUUGAGCAGGGACAACAAUCACACCUUUGUGCAGAAAAAGGAAGGAGAGAACAAUGAAGCAGGGAAAGAGGAUUCGACGGAAGAACCGUCUCUGACCAAGCCGACAGAACUUUCCAACAGCUGGAAGUCCCGGCUGCAAAACGAGCCUUUGUACCAGACCUACCGGGCCACUGUCAUCACCAAAGAGAUCUGCCGGCAGACGGUUUGCCGGAACGUCAGCACGACGACCACGGACUACGCCGUAGACUUGCCGACCCGGAACGAGUGCACCUUGUGGCAGAACCUCCCCGCGGUGCGGAACAGUGGCGUCCUGGAGCGGCUCACACCCGAACAGUGCAAAUAUCAGGAGACUAUGUUCGAGGUUCUGACGUCAGAGACCUCCUACCUCCGUUCGCUACAUGUUCUGACGGAACACUUCCUGGACAAUCGGGACCUGGAAAGGACGCUGGUCAUCAGGGACAAGAGACCCCUCUUUUCCAACAUUCUGAGGAUCCUCGAGGUCAGCGAGAGGUUCCUGAAGGACCUGGAGGACCGUGUGUUUGAAACCAUUGUGUUCGCCGACAUCUGCGACAUAAUCCACUAUCACUCCCAGCACAACUUCCCGGCCUACAUCGACUACGUCCGCAACCAGAUCUUCCAGGAGAAGACCUACACCUUGCUCAUGAAGGAGAACACGCAGUUUGCCGCCGUCAUCAAUCGCCUUCAAGAGUCACCUCAGUGCCAACGGUUGCCGUUCAUGUCCUUCCUGCUGCUGCCUUUCCAGCGGAUAACGCGCAUCAAAAUGCUCAUUGAGAACAUCCUGAAGAGAACAAAAGAGAGGACCAAAGAGGAGCAGAUGGCCUCCAAGGCGUUAGCCUCCGUGUCGAAGAUCAUUGAUGAGUGUAACACGGAGGUGGGGAAGAUGAGACAGAUGGAGGAGUUGAUCCACAUCUCCCAAACUCUCGAGUUUGACAAGCUCAAGGCCAUCCCCAUCAUUUGCCAGACUCGAUUCCUGGAGAAGAAGGGAGAGCUCCAGGAAAUGUCCAAAGGAGGAACUGUCUUCCAAAUGAGAGUCAAGUUCAAUCCCAUCUACGUUUUUCUCUUUAACGACCUGCUCAUCAUUACCACGAGCACCGUCAAGAAGGGCGCGGAGCGCUUCGUGGUGCUGGACUACGCCCACCGCUCCCUGGUGCAGGUUCAGCCCCUGGAGGACGAGAGGAACGGCGGGCCGUACGAGAACUGCUUCACGCUCAUCCUGCUGGAGAACCACAACGGGCGCAUGACGGAGCGCCUCAUCAAAGCCCCCUCCAAGCCAGACAUGCACAGGUGGAUGGGAGCCUUCCCCAGCAAAGAGGAAGAUGAUGUGGUCUACGACGCCUGGGACUGUCCUCAAGUCCAAUGCGUGGAGCAGUACGCGGCCCAACAGGCCGACGAGCUCAACCUGGAGCCCACUGAGAUCGUCAACGUCAUACGAAAAACAAACGAGGGCUGGUACGAGGGCAUCCGCCUGUCGGACGGCCAGAAGGGCUGGUUCCCCGUCAGCAACAUCAUCGAGAUCACCAACGAGCACUUGAGGCGGCGCAACCUGAAGGAGCGCUAUCGAGUCGCCCAGGCCGCCAGCCAGGUCACGACCGUCAAGAAACUUUAAUCAGGAUGCUCACAUUGACAUUUUUCCGGCCACGUUUCAUCAUGCACGUAACUCGUGGUAAAAUGGACGAUUAUUUAUACUACUUGAGUCUUUUAAAACUGAAAUGGAAUGUACACAAUCCAACACAAUGCUGUAAAGUGGAUAUUUUUAAUGUGUGCGCGCAGUAAUUAUAAAAGUGUCAAACAACAAUAACAAGCAGAACGGUUGUUUGGGUACUCAAGGUUGUUGCUGUUCGUUCCCCAAGAGACAGGAAGACGUACGUGCUCGGCCUCAGGGACGUCGCUCAUCCAUGGAUGGCGGCGGGAUCGGUAGCAGGUAUUCCUCAUAAUGCUCCACGGCGUCGAUUUGCCUGAACUCCUUCCAUCCCGCGCCACUCGGAGGCGCAGCUGCAGCGCCGGGCGUCCGCUCGUCCGUCGGACCGACGCCACCCCGGGCCUCCUUCGAUUUAGUCAAUUCCCUUUCAUUCCCGUGGAAAGUUUCCAAAACGAUAUUUCGCAACCUUACCCGAGAGUCUUCCGGCCCUUGGUAGCGCAGUUUGAGGAGACAAGUGAUCGCCUGGUCCUCCUCCGGGCUCAGCCGGAGGACCGUCCGCACGCCGUCGCGGGACAUCUGCGUGGGGCCGCCCAGGUCCCUGAACGCGUGCGGCCCACGCCGGAAGGGGUCCGCUUGAUUGGGAGGAGCCGGGCUUGUGCACAUGAGCGGCGGGGGAGUGUUGAGCCGGAAGCGACUCGAUGCCGGCUGGAGAGAAAUCGGGAAUGUGUCGGAAAUGACGAGGGCGAAUUUGUACAUUCGGCGUGGGCAACCGGUCGUGCUCCGCGGCCACGUUUGAGUUUCAAAAUUCAUAGGCCA